CUCAGCGAUCAGAGGGUCGCAGAGGUCGCCACUAAAUGGAACAAGCAAAAACGUUAAAAAAAAUUGAGGUUAGGUCAACUGUUUCUCUAACCAUAAUUUUUAAACAAAAAAUGUAUAACCUGCCGCUGUCUACGCAAUAAAGCGCACGUAUGAAUGAACGGAAAGCUUUCGAAGUCUUUCUUUUUUAUCGAAAGUGCCUGUUUACUUGAAACUAUAUUUUCAUGGAAUAAUCUUCUCGAGAAUCGUAAAACUUUGUAGUGAUUUAUCAACAACUCUGUCUCUUAUGGCUGUGAUGAGAUUUCGUUAUCAGUCUUUUUAAAUUUACUCACGACUGAUAAUAAGUCGCAGGGAACAACAGUUCUAGGAAAUUUUUCGAAGCAUCGACAUCAAGUAGUGAAUUUGAGGUGUGAUAUUAAUUAAAUAAAUAAAUAAAUAUGAGUUUCAAAUUCGCGAGCAAUCUUUCUUUCAUGUUUACCGAAUGUCCCAGUAUUUUGGGCAGAUACAAACUAGCCAAGGAAGCCGGCUUCACAGCUGUGGAAAGCGGCUUUCCUUUGGGUUGUAGUAUUCAAGAAAUUGUCGAAGCUAAAACCAGUGCAAACGUCAAUCAGAUUCUGAUCAAUGUCUUUACCGGUGACACCGCUAAAGGAGAAUUGGGCUUUGCCGCUGUUCCUGGCAAAGAGACUGAAUUUAAAAAAAGCAUAGAAGUGACAAUCGAGUAUGCGAAAGCUCUGAAUUGCAAAAAGAUUCACGUUAUGUCCGGAAAAGUAGAAUCACCCAAUGCUUCAAAUGACAGUGUUUAUCGCUCCAAUCUGAGGUACGCAGUGGAAAGAUUCGAAUCGGAAGGAAUUGUUGGACUUAUUGAACCGAUAAACAGCAUUACUGUACCUAAUUAUUACAUGAAUAGUUUUGAGAAAGGUCUGGCAGUUGUCAAGGACAUUGACAGUCCCAACUUAAAAUUGAUGCUGGAUGUCUUUCAUUUGCAACAUUCACAUGGAAACAUAACGCACACCAUUCGGAAUAAUCUUAGCUACAUCGGUCACAUCCAAGUGGCUCAAGUACCAGACAGAUAUGAGCCAGACACCUCAGGAGAAAUAAACUACGAGUACGUAUUCUCCUUACUGGAAAAAGUGGGAUACAAGGAUUACAUAGGCUUGGAAUACAAGCCUAAGACGAGCACAGGGGAAGGGCUUCGGUGGAUUAAAAAAAUGGGUUUUUCAUUGUGAAUCAAUGAAAUCGAUGACUUUACAAGAAUAAAGAGGUAUUUGUCUAAUUUUCUUACUCGUACGUUUUAUUGUUCUGAUAUCAUACAGAUGAACUGUAAUUAAAUAUAUAUUUCAGUAUUGUUCUUUGUUUUGUUAUUUUUUUUUGCUGAACCAUCCAACUCACUCUCAUACUCUCUGAAUCUCGCACAAUUUUAGUGUUUUUUUGUUGCAAACAUCGGACACGUAUUAUUCCUAUGGAAUAAUCUACAAAAACACAUUUUCCUUUUUCCAUAUGCACAAAAGUUGGGAAAUUUUCCCUACAAAAACCGUAGUAAUACAAUUUUUUUGCUUUUAGUAUUUUUUCUCUGUUGUUUUUUAGUGUUAGGGCUUGUUUUCGUUCGCACGUAUUUAAAAAAUGCACACUUUGAUACGCAAGCUAGGAAUUCUUUGAAAUAUGCCACACAUUUACGGAUAUUUCCGUAGCAAAUUGAUCGCGUUAAAAAAAAUUGGUGCGUGACAUUUGUUUCUUUGCUUUUGAGAGUCAUUAGAGAUCCGAAUUUUUUCGGUGCAGAUGAUGCAAAAGCUCCCUAUUUUCGAUAUAAAAAAAACAAAUGCAAUUUCAACCACUUUUCUUCAUUCAGUCGUUAUUCGCGUAACGAUAGGUUAUGUUUACAACCGCGUAAGUUGUACGUGUGCCUCUAUUUCUAUAAAAAAGAAAAAAUCAUCGUACGAGAGAUCCUCAGGCAAAUAUGUGCAAAAUUAUUUUUCUCUCGGUGGAUUUUUCAACGAGAAUUUCAAACUUCAUUAUCUCAAUGUAAUUCCACAGUUUGAAACGAUCAACAGUAACAUGAUUUUUUUUUCAACCAGAAAAACGAUUAUUUCGGACAGUUUUGCCCCUUUUCGAUACGUCACUUGGGCCGAUUUGUUCAUUUUUCUUUGAGCUUGGCAGUAAAAGAGGCGAAUCAUUGAGCGCAAAGGCGAAUUAUUUGAAUUUGUGUUUCCUUUCAAAACGAAAAACCAAAAAUUUGGCUCAAGAUCGCAUUUAAGAAUAGUGGCUAUAAAAUAUCUUUUUUUUCUCAGAGAUCGAUUAAUCCUCGACUGACGGAUGUUACUUCAGGCACAAAGAUGAACAAGAAAACGGAAAAUUUUCUUUUUCCAUUCAUCUUUUAUGAUCUUUGAUAAACAAUAAAUAUUUAUAACGCUCGCUCAAAGUAUGGAGUUAAUUAAGGGCUAGGAUGUUGAUUGAUGUCAGACAGCUUGCGUCGGAUCCACCAGAGGCUCGUUAGCAUCUAUUGUAGGCCCUACGACAGCGGUGCUACGGAAAAUUAUCGUUUUAAUUAGUAUCUUAUGUCAAAGCAGUUUGAUAUUUGAAGUUCUCAUGGGGAAAAACGACAAAAAUGUUUUUAGCUAUCGCAAAACUGUUCUACUCCAGCACGUUGAUCUAUGGACGUGCAAUAAAGGCAUUCAGUGGUAUUAUUAAUUAAUGGACCUCAAUUUGAAAAACUUUGAAACUCAACAAUUGGCGUGAUUAGGUAUUAUUUUGAAUUUUAACUCCAUUUCUACGUUUUUUUUUGGAAAUGUUGAAAUAAUCGAUUAUUUUCUGGAAAAUGGGAAUGAGCUGAAAAUCUUUGGAAUUACACUAUCACAACACACACAAAAUAUUACCCAGCACCGAGAGCCAAAAUCGUAGCUUCCUGUACCAUGCUCAUUUGAUCGAUGGUGUACCUAAGGCGAAUAAAAAAAAUUCACAUGGAAAAUAAAACCGAAGGAAAAGAAAAAUGUAGCAAAAGUUGGAGCAAGCGAAUAAAACUAUAGGAAAAUUAGUUUUCAUGCCAGAAAAUUCAAAUGAUUAAUUUCGAGAAGCACAAUCGGAAUCUGGGAAUAAAGAAUUGAGCUGGAUUUUGGUAGAAGCAGGAAUACCGUUGAAAAGUGGAUUAAUCGAAAAUGGAAAUAAUUCGCUGAGACUGUAAACCAACAUUUUUUUCAGUUCGUUGUUAUUAUCUUCUUUUCUCUUAUCGUUUGGUGCGUAAAUACACGAAACGAGAAUAGUUACAUAAGCCAAAUACAGUGAGCUGUUAAAAAAGAAAAAUAAUAAUCGUUGUACGAAGCAAAUGAGCAAUGAAGUCUUGGAAUGUUUGUCAUGAACGAACAUCAAAAUCUCUCAACGGAGGAGCAAAUCUAUGCGAUAUUUGGAAUUUGUUCAAUCAACGACUACGAAUCUUGCACAAUAUUUUUACGCAUACACGAAUAAUAAUGCGGUUUUAAAAUAAAAUACUUAACAAUACAACUAAACUGUUCGGUUUGUUGAAUGGUCGAAUAAUGAAAGAUCUUAGUCGACUCCUGCCAGUCAAUCGAUUAUUGGUCGAUUCAAUUCUGAUUUGAUAAAUUCAGAAUAAAAAUGUUUGAGUCCUUAUGGUCUCUCCGAGCGAUCUUUGGGCUUGGAUAAACACAGCCUCGACUGGACUACAUCUAAAGCAUGGAAUUUUAAAAUCGAGGCUCGAAAUAAAACUUGAAAAAGUGGUUUCUAAGCGAUCGACGGAGAGCAAAUAAACGUGGAAAAAACCUCAAAAAAAUUCGAGCGCACGAAUACAAAGUUUCUCUUUCUUUUUGUUGUUCUCGCCUUUUCGUUGUGUGUUCGGAGUGUCGAAAACUACAAAAUACCUGAACGAGACCGAGCGCCUGUCGGUGAAUCGAGCUCAGUCUCAUCCUUCCAACGUUAGGUCCCACCACCCAACAGAGUGUGAGUAUCUUCGUCGCACUGCCGCUCAGGAAAGUUUAUUCCAUCUCCAAAACUGUAACCCACACCCCCACAAAUUGCUAUUUCUCUCCACACUUUUUUCUUUCGACAAAGAAUUUACAUUUAUUUCAAUCUUUUUCUCCUUCAUUUUCAAUUCUUCCUUCUUAAUUGUGCCUUGUACACAAAAAAAAAAUCUAACAAGAAUUAAGGCAGUUCGACGACCGGAACGAGAACCAAACUUCACGUUCAUUUAUCUCAUGUAUUUCAUAUUAUUUUUAUUUAUUUUAUAGAAAUUAAUAACACGGCGAUAUAAAAAUCAUUCAAUUUUCUUCUUUUAGCCAAAAAGUUUGCUCUAAUCAUUUUUCAAAAUGAAAAAUAUUUUUAAAUCAAAGCAUUCAGACAUUCAAAUGGAAUAAAAUGUUUCAAAUUUGAAAAAUGUGGCAGAAAAUAUGUUUUAAAUUGUCAAAGGACAAUUGGCCUUUUCAUCCGAGGGUACAGACCGAAGAUAACUGCGACGAGUUACAAUUCCAAUAAUAGAAAUACAAAUAAAAAUAAUUCCAAGUCUUAAUGGAUUUUUCGGAUUGUAAAUACAAAGAUUAUUGGUUUCAGCAAUUAUAAAAUGGGUCGAUAGAACUACCUUAGAUAAAUACGUUUUCUAUCUAAGAACCAGAUGCACAAUACCUUUUGAAAAAAAAAAAACAAACAAAUGUUAACGAUGCGACAAGAAUCAUUUUCCAUCUUGUUUUUAAGAUAAUUCAGAAAAUUUCUAGCCGAUGACCUUUCUACGCUACCGUUAGUAACGUUGACAAUACGCCAUGCAACCAAAUUUCCUUUUCUCUAUUUACUUCGACGAAUAAUGCUAAAUAAAUUUAAAAAAAAUUGGUAAUUUCGAUAAAAAUUGUAUAAAAUAUUUGAAUUCGUAAUAAUUGGUAUUGAGUAAUAAAAAAUUAAGGGCCUAUCGAUUGUCAACGAACCGAGUGUCCGUCACGAUACACUUUUACGAUGUGAAAUAAUUGGUCCUACGAAUUGGAGUGUCACUGGAGAAAUCCGACCUCAUCCACGACGUACGAAUGGCCGAAAAAAGAAAAGCAAGCUUAACGAGAUAUGGAAUGGACGAAAAAAAGUUAAACAAUAAAGAAUUUCGGGAUGAAAUGACCGAGGAAACGAUGCAGAUGAAUGAAAAUACUGUGAAGCGUGAAAAAAAGUUGUUGAAAUUGCAAAAAAUUUAGUGCGAAUAAGCAUAGGCGUUGUGGGAAUUGGGAACAUGCCAUUGAUGACUUAAACAUUCGUAAAGACGAAAAAAAAUUGUUUUUACAAAGCAUCGAAAAGGUUUGGAGGGAUUUAUUCGUGCACAUGCAAAUCCAAAUAUUUUCUAAUGAAUUCUCACUCGAAAUCAAUACAUUAAAAACCCAAAUGUAACGCUAUAUUAUGUCUGACCUGUUUUGCGUACUGCCCAUCGAGUUGUAAGUAUUGGAGCCAGCCUGGUGCUGCGAUCGUACAGGAUAGACCACUCCAUUCCCGAGACUAAAACACAACCGUUCCAAACCCCCAAUUUCCCGAUACUUUAACUAUUCACUCAUUUUUUUAUCUAACGUUUUCAUCUUUUUCAAAAAUUGCCUACUUUUUCCCCCACUUUUCACUAAAAUCGCGUUUUUUUCGUUAAUUAUUCCCGUACACUGGACAGUCCGCCUAUUCGUGUACACUGCCGUUAGACUUCAGUCGACAGAAAUUAUAAGCGUUUCACUUUUUUCAUGAAUUUGGCUGCGACUUCAAAAUCUGUCGAUUUUUGUGUUUUCAAAAUUCUCGAAUAAUUCAAAAAAAUUGAUAAAACUUAAUUUACUAAGUUCUUUCCUUGGAGGGAAAAAUUUUAGGAUUUUUUUCCAUCUUUUGCAGAAAAUAUUGAUUGAUUUGACGAGAAAACAAUACUGAAUUCCAUGAUGUUUCCAAAUUUCCCAACGACAGUGUGCAUCGAGUGUAUUUACAGUACAUUGAAAAUAGAACUACAAAAGUAAUGAUAAAUAAUGUUGAAAAUUUCAAGAAACAAUGUAAAAAAUCCUAUUUUAUUAUGACAAAUAAUAGUUUUUAUUUUACGAAAUUGGAUCAACAGUACUUUUCACUAAAUCUGCUUAAUUGCACCGUUUAAGCACUUUUAAAA